AUGGGCAUCAGCGCCUCUACGACGAUACACUCUGACCCUCAUGCCUAUGCAACUCCUGUCUCUGGUGAUGGAGGUGUCGACGAUGUGUGCAGAGCCUACGAUUAUGUCAUUGUCGGUGGAGGAACCGCUGGCUGUGUGCUUGCAUCGAGACUAUCAGAGGACACCACCGUCACAGUACUUCUAGUAGAGGCAGGGUUUUUCCAAAGCCGUAUACCCCUCCUAUUUACCGCGUCGCUGGGAGGCGAAUACGAUUGGGAUUUCGAAACCACACCGCAGGAAAAGCUCGGUGGUCGCCAAAUCUCAUGGCCUAGAGGCAAAGUGCUUGGCGGCUCAAGCACAGUAAACGCUGUGAUGUAUCAUCGCUGUGCUCCAGAAGGUCAGCUGCGGGACUGCUUCCAGUGCUAUUCCCUUCUCACUGCAGCCAAACAAGGUGCUCUAGGCUGGGGAUAUGACACGAUGAAAAGCUAUUUCCGUAGAGCAGAGAAGUUCCUCCCGGAACCGGGCUCAAAGACCGAUGCACUACUGCACGGGGAUUCUGGACUGAUGAAGACAAGAGAUGUAACCUUAGCGCCUCUCUGUGAUGCAUUCGUACAAGCCUGCGAGACUGCGGGCAUCCCGCGUCUAGACGACUUCAAUACGGACAAGGGCACGUUGGGGGCCGGAGCCUUUGGCGCUUUUAUAGACGAGAAAGGCCAACGGAGCUCUGCGGCCACCGCCUACCUUAACCCUGAGGUACUGCGGAGACCGAAUCUCACGGUUGCCGUGUCAGCCACCACGGAGCACAUCUUGUUCACGACGGAACCAGAUGACAUGCCCAGAGCCACGGGGAUACAGCUCUCAGCCAGCAAGGAUGCUCCAAAAUUUCAAGUGCAUGCUCGGAAAGAAGUGCUCUUGACUGCUGGAACGAUCGGUUCUGCUCAUCUGCUCAUGGCGUCUGGCAUCGGGCCCGCUGCGCAUCUGGCAGGGAAGAAUAUAAACGUAGUGAAAGACAGCCCUGCCGUGGGUAAAAACCUAUACGAUCAUUUCUCCCCCGGAGUGAUGAUUGUGAAGGCGAAGCCAGGGCUCACUUGGGACUACCUGUACCGUCCUAUACCUACCACCCUAGCGCUCAUACAAUGGCUGGCUUUUGGUACCGGGGUACUGGCAACAAUUGCCGGACAGGCAGGUGCAUUUGUGCGCUCGGACGAUGAACAUAUUUCUUGGGGGUCCGAGAGUCGCCCCAAAUUGCCAUACGUCACCCAUUCGUCGGGAGUCGGCGCCCCGGACGUUGAGAUCACGUUCGCCCCUAUGUCGGUCAUCAACAGGGGUAGGGAAGCUCCCCCGCGUGAAACGUAUGGAGUCACAGUGGGCCCGAUCCUGCUCAAGCCCGAAAGCUCCGGAACCGUCGAACUACAGUCUAGUGACAUCUGGGACAAGCCCAUCAUUGAUCCUAACUAUUUGGCGACCGAGAGCGACAUGAACCUCGCCCUGGAAUCGAUGCGACUGUGCCUACGCCUGGUGCGACAAGCCCCCGUGGCAUCCCAGCUGGAGCUUUCAGGCGCCCCGGAAAACGUGAAAUUUGACGCCUUCUGGCCAACAUGGGCUGACCCUGACAAUGUGUCUGAUGACGAUUUGAAGGCGUGGAUGGCAAUACAUGGCACCACAGCAUGGCACCCAACGUCCACGGUGAAGAUGGGGCUCGAUCCCCUCACUAGCGCUGUGGAUCCUGAACUUCGCGUGUACGGAGUUCGAGGCUUGCGUGUGAUUGAUGCCUCUGUGUUCCCCGACCAGCUAUCGGGACAUACGUGUGCAGUGGUCGUCGCGUUUGCAGAAAGGGCUUCGGAUAUUAUUAGAGAGACUGCAUGA